AUGCAAAACACCACACAAUCGCCAUCAAAAAGAAGCAAAAUCGAGCUUCAAAUGGAUAAAAUCAUUUACCUGUUAUUCGGGUUGUUGAUUCUCAUCUCCAUUGUUAGUGCUGCCGGGUUCGGUUUAGCUGUCCGGAACGCUGUCCCGCUAUGGUGGUACCUGAGGCCAGACGUCGCCGGAGAAGACUUCAAUGUAAACGAUUUCUUAGUUUCUGCACUAAGACAUCUCAUCACUGCACUUAUGUUAUACGGUUACCUCGUUCCAAUUUCUCUCUACGUUUCAAUUGAAGCCGUUAAAAUUCUUCAAGCGAGUUUCAUAAACAGCGAUUUGCAUUUAUAUGAUGAGGUCACCGGAACACCGGCAAAGGCUAGAACAUCAAAUUUGAAUGAACAGUUAGGGCAGGUGGACACCAUUCUUUCUGAUAAAACAGGGACAUUAACAUGCAACCAGAUGGAUUUCUUAAAAUGUUCAAUCGGAGGGUGUCCAUAUGGGAAACGGUUGAGUGAAGUCGAGCUUGCAGCGGCAAAACAAAUGGCGGCCGCAUUGGAAUCACGUGAUUCCGAUUCCAGUCACGGGGGUUUAAGCAAUUCCUCUUCUUUAGAAGCAAUUACAAUCUCAAACAAUGGAAACACCGAGAAAAAGGAAUCGAUUAAAGGGUUUAGCUUUCAAGACGACCGGUUACAAAAUGGGAAUUGGUUGAAAGAACCGAAUUCCGAAGUUAUACUUUUGUUUUUCCGUAUUCUCGCGGUGUGUCACACCGCGAUUCCGGAGGUGAACGAGAAGACCGGAGAGUUGACUUACGAAGCAGAAUCACCUGAUGAAGGGGCUUUUCUAGUUGCGGCUCGGGAAUUCGGGUUUCAUUUUGUGAAAAGAACUCAAAAUAGCAUCGUAGUUAAGGAAAGACUUUCUAUAAACCAAGAACCGGUGGAAAAGGAAUACAUAAUUCUAACUUUAUUGGAUUUUACUAGCAAGAGGAAAAGAAUGUCGGUGAUUAUACGUGAUGAGACCAAUCAAAUCCUUAUGUUUUGUAAAGGUGCAGACACCAUUAUUUUUGAUCGGUUAGCAAGUAACGGGAAAAUGUAUCUGGAGGCGACAACGAAAAAUUUGAACGAUUAUGGUGACGCGGGGUUGCGUACGUUAGCACUUGCAUAUAAAAAGCUUGAUGAAAACGAAUACUCGAAUUGGUACGAAAAGUUUCAUAAGGCCCAAUGCUCAAGUGGGCCAGAUAGAGAGGAUGUGUUAGAAGAACUAUCAGAUGAAAUAGAAAAGGGGUUUACUCUAGUCGGUGCAACCGCCGUGGAAGAUAAGUUGCAGAAAGGUGUUCCUCAAUGUAUUGAUAGAUUAGCUCUCGCCGGUCUGAAAAUUUGGGUUCUCACCGGCGACAAGAUGGAAACGGCGAUUAAUAUCGGGUUCUCGUGUAGUUUGCUCCGACAAGGGAUGAAGCAAAUUUGUAUAGUUGUAUCCGCAGAAAUGUUGGCUCAAGAUACGAAAGACGUUAUAAAGGAUAACAUUUUAUCUCAAAUCACUAGUGCAUUACAAACAGUAAAAGGAAAAAAAGAUCCAAACGCACCAUUUGCUUUGAUCAUCGACGGAAAAACGCUAACAUACGCUUUGGAAGACGACUUAAAGUUCCAAUUUUUGAACCUCGCCAUAAACUGCGCGUCUGUCAUAUGUUGUCGAGUUUCCCCAAAGCAAAAAGCUUUGGUAGUUCGAUUAGUAAAAGAAGCAACGGGAAGAACGACGUUAGGGAUCGGCGACGGGGCAAACGACGUCGGAAUGAUCAAAGAAGCAGACAUCGGAAUCGGAAUUAGCGGCGUUGAAGGUAUGCAAGCUGUAAUGGCAAGCGAUUUUGCAAUCGCACAGUUCCGAUUCCUGGAAAGACUCUUGAUUGUUCAUGGACACUGGUGUUACAAAAGAAUCUCAAAGAUGAUUUGCUAUUUCUUCUAUAAAAAUAUAACCCUAGCCCUAACGCUCUUCUACUUCGAAGCCCAAGCUGGGUUUUCCGGUCAAAUGCAUUACGACGACUGGUACAUGCUUUUAUACAACGUGUUCUUAACUUCAUGUCCAGUUCUUGCCCUAGGAGUGUUGGAGAAAGAUGUAAACGCAGACAUAUGUCUACAGUUUCCUGCUUUAUAUCAACAAGGACCAAAGAAUUUGUUCUUCGAUUGGUAUAGAAUAAUCGGGUGGUUAGCAAAUGGGGUUUACUCUUCUAUUGUGAUCUAUAUUGUGAACAUGCGAAUCUUCAGCCCUGAAUCUUUUCGUAAAGAAGGGGAAACAGCUGAUAUGUACGUGAUAGGUACAGCUAUGUUUACAAGCAUAAUAUGGGUGGUGAAUGUUCAGAUAUUUCUAAUAUCUCAUUACUUGACACGUGUCCAAUUACACACAAUCUGGGGUAGUAUCGUGGUGUGGUAUUUAAUAGUUUAUAUAUAUGGGAUGUUGCCGGUGAGUUGGUCGGCGGGGAAUAUAUAUCAUCAGCUACCGGAAGUUCUUGGGCCUGCACAAAAGUUUUAUUUAUCAACGAUAUUAGUGACUUUAUUGUGUAACAUGCCGUAUCUUAUUCAUAUAUCGUAUCAGAGAUGUUACAAUCCUGAAGAUCAUCAUGUUCUUCAGGAGAUGAAGAAUUUGAAGAAAGAUGUUACAGAUAGGAAGAUGUGGAAAAGGGAACAAUCGAAAGCAAGACAAGAAACAGAGAUAGGGUUGUCGGCGAGAGUGGAUGCAAAGAUAAGAUAUAUGAAAGGGAGAAUGACCAAGAGAUAUUCAAUGCUUGCUCCUCGUUCUCCAUGA